ACAUACUUCCUGGCCCCCACUCGCGACUCUCCGCCUUCUGGGCCAAUCUUCCUCGGAGCCAUCAUCAAAUCUCCUCGUUCCCCAGAGCUUUCCCUAAACUCCAAAACCUCGCUUCUGCUGAAGCCUUUGGAGAUCCACGAAACGAGCACCACAGACACAACUCGUCAGCUCUACCGAGACAGCAAAGGCAAAGUCGGCAUAUGGGCCGAAUUCCUAAGCGGAUUGCCCCUUGGUCUUGAUGCAAGUGUUGGUACGAAUUGGGACAAUGGAGACUUUACUCAAUUCAAGUUCAGAGAGCUAAUUACUCGAUCAAUCUUUCCAUCGCAAGGAGAAAUCGCUUCCAUCUUCACCGAUCCUCCUAUCCAAACAAGUAUCAAGGAUAGUAGAUUCAGAGCCAAUCUAUAUAUGAUUACAGGAGUCAAAAUUGCACGAGGUGCCGAUGUCGUGAUUGGGAAAAUGAGAGAGCGGGGCGGAAACCUGCAUUUUGGUGCUGAUCUGACGCCAGUCAGUGUCCCGAUCAAGGUUGGUCCUGAUCUGGAAGGGAGUCGGGGUCAUGGACAGAGUGCGAAAGAGAAGCAUGCCGGAGAGUUCGUGUUUGCGUAUCGGUUGAGGGAGAUCAAGUAUAGGAAGAAAGCAGUGGAAGAGCAAAAAGAAUAUACGAAGGGU